AACUAUAAAGGCUGCAUAUUACUUAUUACUGCACAUUAUAACGAAGCUUCUAGUCUCUUCUUGUCAAAAAUGAAUUCGUUAUUUUUGUAUAUUACUAUUAUUACAUUGACUGCUGUCAAUUUCAAACCCGUACAACUGAUCGAGUUCAGCGACUCUUACCUGAAAGAAAUAGACGAGAAAAUUAAAGAAUGUCAAGCUAACAACGCUACCCGUGCUUCUGAAGAAUGGUUAAAAACUGAAGAUCUUGCAACUGCAGAUCAAUAUGGAAGCCAUAUUUUAUGUCGGUUAACAAAGGAGGGGAGCAUAAAACCAAACGGAGAUAUUGAUGAAGAAGAAAUGGAAAAAGAUCUUUUGAGGGGUCUAGGUGAUCCAAAGAUAGUAAACUUAAUUAUGAACGAUUGUAAAGAUCGCGUUCCCGGUACGUCACCAGAAGAGAGUGCUGUUGAAAAUUUCAAAUGUGUGAUUUUAGCAGCCGAGAAAUAUUAAAAUUACUAAAAUACUAAAUCCGUAGCGUAAUUCUUGUAUACGAAAAUAGGUUAUGAAUUUUUCGUUAUAUAAAUAAACAACAUUUGCAACCAAAGAA